CGCGUGUGGCAGGAAUGUUGUGGUAGGGAGUGUGGUGCGGCCUCUAUUCCACCACAUUACUCCUCCACGGCGCUCCAUUCACCCCGCGUGCUUCACCUGUGAUAGUGCCCUGGGUCUACCUGUCCGUGUGUUGUCCGUGUGUCCUGCAAGAGUGCAUGAGAGUGCUGGAAAAUAAGGAUUACUAGUGUGUGGUGACUGGUGAAUGUGGUGGUGGUGAGCAGUAAGGAAAUUGCUGUGCACGUGAAGGUUUUGUAAGCCACUCCUGUUCCUCCAUCAAACAGUGCCUUCCAUCACCUCUACGUCAUCACCAGCAUGAAAGGAAAGAAAGUGAUGUGACUGUACCCUAUACCUAACACCCUUAAGGGCCGUCCAUACUUUUUCUGGAUAUAGGGUUAUUUGUGGUGCUAGUGUGUGUUUGUGUGAUGUGUAGCAGGGGAUUGUUUUGUGCUGAAAAGAAAGUGCUUAUACUGUUUGAGGUGCUGAGACGCCAUACCUUCCUGACACCCUGAAGGGCUGUCGGGGAUUUUUAAGGAACACCAUGAUGCUGAUUGAAAAGAUGAGUCUAACAGUUGAAGCAUCAAAACUUUUAGACUUCAACCAAAAAUUGGACAUACCUCUUCUUGACAAUGUCAUAGGUUUUAUGUACAAUGGGAUUGGAGAACAGCAACGCAUUGCCCAGGAGGUCCUCACCACACUCAAGGAACAUCCAGAUGCGUGGACGAGAGUGGACGCGAUCCUUGAGUACUCACAGAACCAACAGACCAAGUACUAUGCACUACAGAUCUUGGAACAGGUGAUCAACACUAAAUGGAAGGUGUUGCCUCGAGACCAGUGUGAAGGAAUCAAGAAGUACAUAGUCAAUGUUAUUAUUAAAUUGUCCAGCACUCCAGAAUCUCUUGAAAGAGAAAAAGUAUAUUUAAAUAAAUUGAACAUGAUUCUUGUACAGAUCCUCAAGAGAGAAUGGCCCAAGAACUGGCAGUCAUUCAUCCCAGACAUAGUUGGAGCAAGCAAGACCAAUGAGUCUAUGUGCCAGAACAAUAUGGUCAUCCUUAAGCUGCUCUCAGAGGAGGUGUUUGACUUCUCUACUGGCCAGAUGACCCAGACCAAGGCCAAACACCUCAAAGACACCAUGUGUUCACAGUUUCAGCAAGUUUUCCUCCUCUGUAUAUUUGUCAUGGAAAACUCUCAAAACCCAACACUUGUCAGUGCCACACUAGAAACCCUAUUAAGAUUUCUCAAUUGGAUUCCUCUUGGGUACAUCUUUGAAACCAAACUGAUCAGCACACUUAUCUAUAAGUUCUUAGGUUUGCCACUUUUCCGUAACGUGACGCUCAAGUGUUUGACGGAGAUAGCUGGUGUGGCCGUCCCUUCCUACGAUGAGUCAUACAUCAUGAUGUUUUCACAGACCAUCACCCAACUGCAGGAGAUGCUGCCGCUGGAGACCAACAUCAGAGAAGCGUAUGCCAAUGGUCAGGAUGCAGAACAGCAAUUCAUCCAGAACUUGGCACUGUUUCUCUGCACGUACCUGAAGGAGAGAGGCUCAUUGGUUGAGAAGAAGCAACUCAGUGAUGCCUUGAUUAAGGCAUUACAGUACCUGAUCCUGAUAUCUGAAGUGGAUGACACAGAGAUAUUCAAGAUCUGCCUUGAGUAUUGGAAUGCUCUUGCAUCAGACCUGUACAGAGAAUCCCCAUUUUUGCCACCCACGAGCGCCUCACCACUUUACCUCCCCAGACCGAACUCACGGCGCCAGUUUUACCAAUCCAUCCUUACCAAGGUGAGGGCGUUAAUGAUCAGCCGGAUGGCCAAACCAGAGGAGGUGCUGGUGGUGGAGAAUGAGCAGGGUGAGGUUGUGCGGGAAUUCAUGCGAGACACAGACUCCAUCAACAUGUACAAAAAUAUGCGUGAAACUCUAGUGUACCUCACUCAUCUGGACUAUGCAGACACAGAGCGCAUCAUGACGGAGAAGCUUGCAAAUCAGGUGAAUGGCAGUGAGUGGUCUUGGAGAAACCUGAACACACUGUGCUGGGCUGUUGGGUCUAUAAGUGGUGCCAUGCCUGAGGAGGAUGAGAAACGAUUUUUAGUGAUUGUGAUAAAAGACUUGCUUGGCCUUUGUGAACAGAAAAGAGGAAAGGACAAUAAGGCGAUCAUUGCUUCAAAUAUCAUGUACAUAGUGGGACAAUACCCAAGAUUUCUGCGUAUACAUUGGCGUUUCCUCAAGACUGUCAUCAACAAGCUUUUUGAAUUCAUGCACGAGACUCAUGAUGGUGUGCAGGACAUGGCAUGUGACACCUUCAUCAAGAUUGCACAGAAGUGUCGGCGGCAGUUUGUGCAGAUGCAGGUCGGGGAAGCCAUGCCAUUUAUUGAGGAAAUACUCUCUUCUAUCAAUUCCAUCAUCUGUGACUUACAACCACAACAAGUGCACACCUUCUAUGAGGCAGUGGGCUACAUGAUAAGUGCACAGACUGACCAGGUCAUCCAGGACCAUCUCAUUGGCAAGUACAUGAUGCUGCCCAACCAGGUGUGGGAUGAGAUCAUCAACCAAGCAUCCAGGAAUGUUGACAUUUUGAAAGACCCUGAUGUUGUGAAGCAGCUUGCCAACAUCCUGAAGACCAAUGUUCGGGCAUGUAAGGCUCUGGGCCAUCCAUUUGUAUCACAGUUGGGACGCAUUUACCUUGAUAUGCUCAAUGUGUACAAGGUAAUGAGUGAAAAUAUUAGUGCAGCCAUUGCUCUCAAUGGAGAAGGAGUCACCAAACAGCCUCUCAUCAAGUCCAUGAGGGUGGUCAAGAAGGAAACACUGAAGUUGAUAUCAGGGUGGGUAUCCCGGUCUUAUGAUCACACCCUCGUCCUGGACAACUUCAUUCCACCAUUGCUGGAAGCAGUCUUAAUGGAUUAUCAGAGAACGGGUGUGCCAUCAGCAAGAGAACCUGAGGUUUUGUCCACCAUGGCCACUAUUGUCAAUAAGCUAGAGUCACACAUCACACAGCAGGUUCCCAAGAUCUUCGAUGCUGUGUUCCAGUGCACUCUGGCUAUGAUUAACAAGGACUUUGAAGAGUUUCCAGAGCACAGAACAAAUUUCUUCCUUCUUCUGCAGGCUGUCAACACCCAUUGUUUCACAGCGCUACUCAAUAUUCCUCCAGCGCAAUUCAAAUUAGUAUUGGAUUCAAUUAUCUGGGCAUUCAAGCAUACUAUGAGAAAUGUAGCAGACACAGGACUCCAGAUCCUCUACCAAUUACUACAAAACAUUUCCGCCCAUGAACAUGCAGCAAGCAGUUUCUACCAGACGUACUACACGGACAUACUGCAGCACAUAUUCUCUGUGGUUACUGAUUCAUCUCAUACAGCAGGUCUGACAAUGCAUGCGUCCAUCUUGGCCUAUAUGUUCACACUGGUGGAACAGAACCGCAUCACAGUGAGUCUGGACUCUGCCAACCCUGCCUCGCCAAGCACAAACAAUGUCACCUUCGUUCAGGGCUUUGUGGCUAACCUGCUCAAGGCCGCCUUCCCCCACCUCUCUGAGAACCAAAUCAAGAUUACUGUGCAGGGCAUGGUCAAUCUCAACCAGGAUAUUCCUGCCUUCAAGGAGCACUUGAGGGACUUCCUUGUACAAAUCAGAGAGGUGACUGGAGAUGAUGAUAGCGACCUUUUCCUGGAGGAGAGGGAAGCCACCCUCCGCCUGGCCCAGGAGGAGAAGCGCCGUGUACAGAUGAGUGUGCCAGGCAUUCUCAAUCCUCACGAGAUCCCAGAGGACAUGCAGGACUAAGUUGAGUUAUCAAUGUCACAGUCACAGCUCCAUUUUUCUAUGUCACCUUGUUGGGUAUUAUGAUUUUUGUUUUCAUUAUGUAUUAGAAUGUGAAUGAAUGUUUUCAUAUUUUACAGUAACUACUUUUCUUGAGUCAUUAAAGGUCUCAAUGAUCUCAUUAACAAAAUCUUCAUUGGACAAUUGUAAAUUGAUGGGGGUUUGUUGCCCUCCUUUAUUGAUUUGUUAGACUACAUUUUUUUUUUUUUUUUUUUUUUUUUUACAUGCAUAUAUAAAGUUCAUUAACUCUGAAUGUUUAUAAAGGAAUAUUCAGAGUGUAAAUAUUCUUUUUCACUCAUUAUUCCUUGUGAAGCCUUAGGGCUACGGAGCCUUUGUCCACUAGUCUCAACAGAACUGUAGCCAUCUCACUGUCAAAGUCAGAGCAACUAUUGUUAAGCAUCCACACUAAAUAUUGUUGAUGAAAGGAUGAAAGGCGGCAUAGUUUCUAGUGUCUCACUCCAUUUAGCUUUACUAAUUUGUUCUUUCCAUGAGAUAUAAUAGGGACAAUUUUUACUUGUAUGUCUGCAUUUUUCAGACACUUAAUGUUCAGUUGUUCCAAUUUAUAUCUUAAAAAGUGACCAGUUUGUUAAUUCCAACUGUUCAUGCCAAAAGGGAGACAUCUGUAUUUUGUAAUUAAUUUACUGUUGCCAAAUGAGGUUGUUCGUGAUACUUCAGACCAAACAAGGACCAGCAUUUAUCUUUUGUUGUAAAGGGAAACAUAUUAUUUAAAAGAAAAGAAAGAAUAUUAGGAAGUAGAAUAAACUCAAUAUAUUGAUCUAAUUGCAGGGAGAUCAUUGACAAUAAAGGAGAAGCUUAAGAAAAAUGUGGUGGUAGGAGUCACACUGAACUUCAUGUGGUAUGAGGGGAAAGUUCAGUGUAAAAAAAAAAAAAAAGAAAAGAACGAAAGGAAAUUCAGUAUAACAGGGAUUCAAUAUAAUGAGGGUUUACCGUUCAAAGUGUUGUGGUCAAAUUUCUGCUUGGUCAUGUAUCACAGAAAAGUUCCUUCUGUUCCUUGGACACUUAAUUGUCAUGAAAAUCUGUCUUAACAGGAUUUUGUAUGUUGACAGUUGUGUGUAAAACGUACAAUAAUCUCAAGGAAGCAAUGUUCCUCAUAAUUUUCACUUCUGGUAUUUAUUUGAAUUGUUCCAGGUCACUACAUAACAGACUGUGAUAACACAGGAUGCUGCCAUAUGAGUGUUUGUGUCCUGUGAUACCAUGUCUUUGACUUGUUACACGAGCAAAGCUAGGAUUGGCUAACAAGUGGUUAUGCUUCCCAUUUUAACUGUUUACUGAAAUCAACUUUAUUAAUCCUGUGUUGAUAGAAAUUAAUAUUCCUGGUGACAAGUGCCCCAGUGAGGUAGGUUCCAUGCUCGUCUAUCCAGCACAUAGGCUCCCCUUCCCCACCAUGUGGUGUGGGCAAAGUCUGUGUGUGUGUGUGUGUGUAUGUGUGUAUUGAAAAGUGAAAAAAUGAGUAUUGAGUCAAAAAUGAAUGUUUGUUGUUUAUCAGUCACUGCUCUGGCUUUGGAGUUCAGAUUGGCAUUUGUAUUGUUAAUUAGAAAUAAUCUACUGUUGCAGGCCCAAUGGGCUUAUGGUGAAACCUCAGUUUUGUAGAGGAUUAGCUGAAUGUGAGACUAUAUUUGCUAUUAUCUGAAUGUGUCUUUGAUUUGACUUUUUUUUCAGGAAACAUAUAGUUCGUGGUAGUAAAUAUUAGAGACAGAUGAUCAUGUGCCAGACCUGUGUGCUUGUGGAUCCCUUUCAGCUGCACUGCCGGAGUCCGGACUUAUGCCUUUUGUUUUAACAAAUGUCUUUUCAGUUUCUGCUUGAAUGAGCUAUUCAAAUAGGGAGCAAUAAUAGUGUCUCCAAGGGCUGUGGAGACAGUGAUCUCUCCCAGCACUCCUGUUUGACCAAAGUGUGUGUUGUGUGCAUGCAAGGAAUGAUUGUCAUUUGAGAACUGCUAUUGUUUAGAUACGUGGUGAAUGAUAGCAAGUAAUUGAGCAUUUUGAAAGCUGUGUCAACCACCUUUUUUUUUUCACAUGUAUCUAGUUAUUUUAUUUGUUAUUUUUGUUUUCUCUGUAGCACAUGCUCCUAUCAGUCCAUUCUCUGUUUUAUCUGCAAGAACAAGUGAAGGUCACCAAAGCAGAUUAAUGUUUGAGUGGCAGUUCUUGCCCUCAACAUGUUCUUUCACACCUUGGUCCGGCAUUAUUACCAGGUGUUUCUUAAAAUGUGUUGAUGCCUCUUGACCAUUUCUGUUCACUGUUAAGUAAGCUUACUGUUAUAUAAUCAAAGCAUGAUACAAGCUUUUGGGAGCUAUUUUAAGUCUUGGUGACAGGUUCCAAUCAUGAUCUAGAAGUUUGUGCUUUGUGUAAGCUACAGAUAUACAGAUCAGAUUUAAUUCCUUUCCACAUACAAAUGUUUGCACAAGAGCUCAUGGAAGAAUGGUCUGAUCCAGUAACAGGAUUGGCCAGAUUUCCAGCCAGAACUGUAAUGUGGGGAGAAUUUUCUUCCAUCAUUAUAUACGUGCUUUUCCUGCAAAAUUGUGGGAAAAUUAAUUUUCAUUAGGCAGGGAAAUUUUUCCUUUGGAAAGAAAUCUUAAAUACAUAACCUUGUUAAGGUAAUCUUUGUAUGUAAGGUUGUAUGUGUGUAAUUUAUUAGAAAUCUCCUCUAUUGAAUGUAAGCUGUCGUUGUAUUACUAUUAUUAUUGCUAUGAUCUUUCUUAGUUUGUCUCGCAAGGGGCCACUUUGCCGUAGUAAAAUUAUGAAGCGGCAGACAAAAAUAACUUUUUGUUGAAAAUUCUGCAUUACGCUUAUGCACCCUUGUGUAUUAUCCUUUCUUGUUUUUGAAGUUUGAGACAAAUUAUUGUACGUCACUCUGUAGCAAAUUCACCAGGGAUGCUAAUGUGCAUGUUUCAUCUAAAUCUUUGUCAUGAGAUCUGCAGGAGUAAUCAAGAUCAGUUUAGUUUUUCUCAGGUGUUAAUUGAACUUUAUUGAUCUUGAAAACCUAUGCAGACUUUUUCAGUAUAGAACUUCUGUGUUGCACUUUGGGUUUUGUUAAGUUUACAUUAUAAAAUCUUGUUCAUAUAUGUCUGUGAUUUGCUAUAGUGUUGAAUAGUGUACCUUGAGCCUCAGAUAGUAGUUGUACCACUAACUGAGAGCAUCCCUAGUUAGAACGUUCAUUUUGGAGCAAGACUUGAACUACCACUAGGUUGAGUCUCUGGUGAACCCUCAGAUACAUCCCCUAGGGCAGCAGACAGACUUCAGCUGCAGCAGCUGUGGCAGGAAGGCCCCUCACUGACAGCAUCUGACAGUGACAUACGGAAGGGAUGAAGGAAGAAAACACCAGAAGCAGUGUAGUGUGUGUGGGGAUCUCUGGAGAACACUUGUACCUUUCUGUAGCUUUGGCUGGAACACUAACAUUCAGAAUACCAUCACAUUCAGGACUUACCCUUUAUACAUUUCAUGGUUCAUGUUGUUCUUCCACCCCAUAGUAUGUGUGCUGUGUGUCUCCUUCAGUGCAUUGAGCCUGAGUCGCAGCGUCUCUGUUUUAAGAGGCGACGAGUCUGUGUGACUGAAAGUUUUGAUAUUCUGCUACUUGUGCAAGACUUAGCAAAAUAAAUAUUUUACAUGAAA